AUGACUGAAAAGUUCAUCGAGGUGAAGCACUAUCUCAUUCAACAGUGCCCAAACUCUGGAUACUUUUACAUGCGUCCCAAUGAACGUUUUCCCUCUCUUGACAAGCUCAUCAAGCACUACCGCUCAAAUCGUGGCCAUCUAAUAACCAAUCUCUCCACGGUGCCCUCUCGCCUGAACACACUGGAUCAGAUGUUCAGUGAGCCGGCAAAGCCACUCAGCGGCAUUAUUACUAAAGACAAAUCCUGGGAAAUUAAGGCUUCUGAGCUGCAACUACUGGAGGAACUCGGUUCCGGGCAGUUUGGCGUCGUCCGUCACGGAAAGUGGAUGGGCAAAAUUGAUGUGGCAGUCAAACUGAUGAAGGAGGGCACAAUGUCAGAGCAUGACUUUAUUGAGGAGGCCAAAGUGAUGACCAAGUUGCAGCACAACAAUCUCGUCAAACUUUACGGACUCUGCAUUGAACACCGACCCAUCUGCAUUGUGGCGGAGUUUAUGAAGCACGGCUCUCUACUAUCGUUUCUGCGCAAAAACGAAGCUAAACUGGGCGAACAAAGCACCAAAGUCACCUACAUUCUGCUGAACAUGUGCAUUCAAGUGUGCUCAGGAAUGGCCUAUCUCGAGUCUCACAAUUACAUUCACCGGGAUCUCGCGGCUCGAAACUGUCUGGUGGGCAAUUCGGGCAUCGUCAAAGUGGCGGAUUUCGGUCUGACACGAUACGUCAUUGAUGACGAGUACACCUCCAGUGGGGGCACCAAAUUUCCCAUUCGGUGGGCGCCACCGGAAGUACUCUGGUACACUCGAUUCAGCUCAAAGUCAGACGUCUGGGCGUAUGGCAUUCUUAUGUGGGAAAUAUUUACUUGUGGAAAACUUCCUUACGGAAAGAUGAGCAACUCUGAGGUGGUUGAAAGGAUUCGUGAAGGUCAUCGACUUGAUAGGCCAAAACCUAAUUGCAGUAGUGAGAUAUACCAGCUGAUGCAACUUUGCUGGCAAGAGUUGCCCGAAAAACGACCUUCUUUUGGAAAAAUUGAGUUCUUUUUAGGAAGUCUCAAAAGCAGGGAAAUUGCUAGAAGACACUGA